AUGCUGAUGGUUCAGGAUUGGUGUGACAGGAUGGUGACAGGAUGGUGACAGAGGUUAGAUGGGCGGGUUUAGUGCUAUUCUGGAAAUCAUUUUGCGUAGCAGCGCAUCUGUAUCUCUGGAUGUGUGGGCUCCUGCAAUGUGCCACACCAAUUCACUGAUUUAUCCGCACAACGACAUAGUUCAUCUACCCGCUGCUCGUGUAAUCUAUUGAAGCCGGACAUCCUUCCUGAGAUUGAACACUUAAAACAUAAUGGGUGGACAUAGUCUGUGCUGCAUAUAAACCCAUCAAAAAGGCAGAGUUUACUGGAUCAGGUAGUGCGAGCAUGGCACAGGUAGAGGAGCCUCAAACUGAAGGAGAGGGCAGCCCCCAGCUGAUCUCCUUAAGAUCAGACGUGUCAGGGAACCAUGUGGACGAUGGAGAAGUGGGACCCUCCAUAAGGAGGAAGAGGAGGAAGAAGAAAGACCCGCGUCCAGAGUCCAUCAUUGUGUACCGCUCUGAGAUGGAGAGGGGGCCCGGAGAGGACCAAGGCGGUGAGGAGGGAGCUGAGAGGAGCACAGAGGAGGGAGCUAAAUUCCUCUGCACACCUACAAGCGAUGGAGGAGGAUGGAGCCUUCCUCCAGACAGCCGCUACGUGACCCUGACAGGCACCAUCACCCGAGGGAAGAAGAAGGGUCAGGUGGUGGACAUUCACCUCACUUUGACAGAGAAGGAACUCAGGGAUCUGGCCAAGUCGAAGGAGCGUCUUGACGCAGAGUGCGAUGGGGAAGGCUAUAAACGCAACUGCAGCUUAGGCAUGUGCCAGGGACCCCAUGUUGUCCUGUGGAGCCUCUCCUGCGCUCCCGUGAUUUUCCUCCUCUCCUUCAUCACUUCCUUCUACUACGGCACCCUCACCUGGUACAACGUCUUCCUGGUGUACAAUGAGGAGCGGACGUUCUGGCACAAGAUUACAAUAUGCCCCUUCCUCAUCAUCUUCUACCCCAUGCUCAUCAUGCCCAUGGCGCUGUCCCUGGCUCUGUACUCCGCUGUGGUGCAGGUGUCCUGGGCCUUCAGCGAGUGGUGGCAGGAUGUGAGGGACCUGGAGAAAGGCUUCUGCGGAUGGGCCUGUGGGAAACUGGGACUGGAGGACUGCUCCCCCUAUAGCAUAGUAGAGCUGCUUGACUCUGAUACUGUCUCUGGUACUCUGCACAGCAAGGCCCCCAGUGAACUCGCCCAGACGUCAUCAGUGUGAAGUGGGGGGGACGCUGAGGUCCAAGUCACAUGUUGGUGUCGGCCUAAGUUGAAGUAAUGUGACAAACAUGUGCCAGAAUGUUCAAGUCUGUCACAGGAAAGUACUUGAAAGCUGUUUCUCUAUACUUUUAUGUAAAUGGCAACUUAUCAAACACUGCCUGAAUUGUCCUGAAAUGCUGAAAUUUUGUAAAUCAUUAUUGGAUCCAGAUCAUUAUUGCUCUGAGCAUGGGAGUGUUAAUGUUGGGUAUUUUUUUUACUUUUAGGUUGUUAUUGUCAUUAGAGUUAUCAUCCAAUCACCAAAUCCUCAUAACCUUUUGAUACAUGUAGGCCUUGGUGCAUCUUGUUGUAAAAUAAGCUGGCGAUGGACACUGAUACACACGCUGUUGGAGGCCUGAAAGUCAAACCAAGUUUCACUUCAUCUGUAAAUAUCUGUAAUUAUAUGUAUGUGGUCACUGAGAUCAAAAACAGGAUGCAUUUCAAGUCAUCAUAAUCACUCUGUGAAGUUGUAUUUGAAGUAAGGCUGGAUUACUAUUGAAAAAAGUGCUCCAAGGGCUCCAGAUGUGUUGAUUACUUUGUGGAAAUUUGAUUAGUUACUGAUUUGAUUGUGAAUACGCACCAUUGAGCACAAUAUUGACAGAAACAAUAAGCACCUUUUAGAUGGGUAAUGUCUUGUGAAGGAGUUCUGUGUCAGCAUCUAAAGAAGAUUUUAAAGGAUAAGGAUGACGUUACUUUAUAGAGUUGGAAAUUCACUUUUUUGUCCACCUUCCAGAUAGAUAGAUAGAUAGAUUACCAUUGUUUUUAUUGGCUGGUGACUGAAGCAAAUCGAGCAGCCACUUGCAUAUUUUACCAUUAUUUGGCUGGUGGCUGAUGCUAAUUUCCAACCCUGUAUUUUUCCUAUUGUAAAACAAAUCAACAGUGUGGCUCAUUGAUGUGUUUUUUUUGUUUUUUUUGAGAACAAUGGAAGUGCGAGGAGUGAGGAAUACAUCCGGCUUUGGAUACACAGGAAAUACUUGUUAGAGGGAUUCAUCCGGUGUUGACUUUGGCCUUUUCAUGGGUUUUGUUGACAAUAAGAAAUAUAUAGAAUAUUACAACCUUAUCCUUUAAUACCUGUAUUAUUCUGGAUGAUGACAGACAGACAGACAGACAGACAGACAGACAGACAGACAGACAGACAGACAGACAGACAGACAGAAAGACAGACAAAUAGAUAGAUAGAUAGAUGGAUAGAUACAGUAGAUAGAUAGAUAGACAAAUAGGACUAAAACAGUUAAAACUACGGUUGACAACAACAGUGCUAACAGUUCAGGGUACAGAGCCUAUUUAAUUUGUUCAGUGUUGUGCUUACAUGGUGCAUAUUCCUAAAAAGAUUUGUGUUUCAUCAAGAAGUACCACAGCGUAUGAGUACUUGUUGGUUUCUGGGCAUCUAGGCUGAUUAUUACUAAGCUGCCAUGUGUUGCUGCUGUGUGCUCUGUACUUGAUGUGUACAUGUAGUUGACAGAGUACAUACAAGAGAGGGAGGGAGAGGGAUCAAUAGGGGCCCAUUGCUUAUUUUUGGCCCAGGGCCCUCUAGCAGGUUGAUCCAGCCAUGAUUUGAAGCCAUAGUCAGGACAGACUGACAUUUCUUUGGUGAAGUUUUUUCAUUUUCAUCUAAGGCAUCAUCAACACAGAUGUUUGUGAUCUUGCUUGUGUUGUUUUCAUUAUUUUGUUCUACACACGAAUAAAAUGAAGGUCACUGUAAUUUUCCACCUUUCCACACAGUCAUAUUUUGAAUGUUGAUUUAAUUUAUUUUGAAUAUUUAAGUCUAGUACACUACCUUAAAUUGUUCUAGCUAUAGGUGUUUUAUACUUUGGCUCUUUGGAGUAAAUGUAUUGCAAACAGCUAUCAUGAAGUGGUUGAAACGCAUAGCUAAUGGGGUUGGUUUAAGUAGAUUGGAUUAAAUAUUUGGUGAUUCAAAUGUUUAUGAUUAGACCUAGCUGAGUGGAGUGAUUCAAUUUUGUUCUCAUACAGGCAGAGACAUGGAUCAGUGGCUGUGGACUGAGUCUGUAUUGCACUUUACAUGUUGUGAAAACACUGGAUGCAAAGUAAAGAAGUACACAAAUUAAAUAAAGUGUUUUUUUGUCAUUA